CGGCAAAAACGCAUUGCCCCUGCAACUUCCCAAUUUUUCACAGAUCAAAAUUGAAAGAGUUAGGGUUUUAGAAUUUCACUUGGUAAUAACUAAUGGUCGAAACUUUUAGGUUUUUCUUUUUUGGUUAAAACCUGCGUCUCAAAUCCGUAAUCGAACUCUAAAAUCGUUGCGUUCAACUCAGUUAACGUACAUUUCCUUACUUAGGCCAUGUACAGUGGUUCCAGCGACGGCGAGAGCCACGAGACCGCCGCUCACAGGAAGAUUCCCCCAGCUUCUUCCAUGUUAUGGGUCCGAAAUCUCCGCCGGUAUAUCGGAUCCGGUGCUGGACUUGGAUCCGAAGCCUUAAUGGAGCUGGAGACAAAAAGGAUAUUGCUUGAUAUUUUCAAAGAGAAGCAACAAAAAAGUGCUGAAGCGGGCACAAUCCCUAGUUUCUAUAAGAAGAAACCUGAAGAAGGAUCAAUCAGUCACAGGGUUCAAAGAUUGGCAAAAUAUCGGUUUUUAAAGAAGCAAUCAGAUCUUUUGCUUAAUGCCGAUGACCUGGAUGCAAUGUGGGUUUGCUUGAGAGAAAACUGUGUUAUUGAUGAUGCUACUGGUGCAGAAAAGAUGAAUUACGAAGACUUUUGUCACAUAGCCUCAGUAUGUACAGAACAAAUAGGCCCCAAAUGUCGAAGAUUUUUUAGUCCGUCUAAUUUCAUGAAGUUUGAGAAAGAUGAAUCUGGAAGAAUUGCCAUUUUGCCCUUUUACCUUUAUGUAAUGCGCACAGUUUCACUUACACAGGCCAGAAUAGAUAUGAGUGAACUUGAUGAGGAUUCAGAUGGUUUUCUUCAGCCUCAGGAAAUGGAGUCUUAUAUACGUGGUCUCAUUCCUAAUUUAGCACAACUACGUGAUAUGCCUGCGCAAUUUGUUCAAAUGUAUUGUCGCAUAGCUGCACACAAGUUCUUUUUCUUUUGUGAUCCUCAUAGACGAGGGAAAGCCUGCAUAAAGAAGGUGCUUCUUAGUAAUUGUCUUCAGGAACUAAUGGAGUUGCACCAGGAAAGUGAGGAAGAGGUCACUGAUACUGAACAAGCUGAGAAUUGGUUUUCUUUGACAUCUGCACAACGCAUAUGUGAUAUGUUUCUUGCUCUCGAUAAGGAUAUGAAUGGAACAUUGAGCAAGCAAGAGCUUCGAGAAUAUGCCGAUGGGACGCUCACCGAAAUUUUUAUUGAAAGAGUGUUUGAUGAACACGUCCGACGCGGAAAAACUGGAGGAGGAAAUUCUAGGGAGAUGGAUUUUGAUAGUUUUCUCGAUUUUGUCCUGGCCCUAGAAAACAAGGAUACCCCAGAAGGUUUAACAUACUUAUUCCGUUGUCUUGAUCUUCAAGGACGGGGCUACCUAACAACUGCUGAUAUUCACUCUCUUUUCAGAGAUGUACACCAUAAAUGGAUCGAGGGUGGAAACUAUGAGCUGUGUAUUGAGGAUGUUAGGGAUGAAAUCUGGGACAUGGUUAAGCCAACUGACCCACUUAAGAUCACACUGUCCGAUCUGCUAUCUUGUAAACAGGGGGGGACCGUUGCCAGCAUGCUUAUUGAUGUUCGUGGUUUCUGGGCCCAUGAUAAUAGAGAAAAUCUUCUCCAAGAAGAGGAGGAACCAGAAGAAGAAUGACAGAUAGUUGUGUGUUAUCUAAAAGCCUUCCAUUUACUAACACCCAAUGGUUUCUUAACUUUUGUAUGUGCACCCAAAAGAUGUAUUAUUUCAUUUUAGCCUUCCGCGUUUGGCUGUAUGUUGUUAGCUGUAAAAAAAAUGUAACAAUUGAUACAUGCUGAUGGUAAAUGGCUUCCAUGAUAAACUUGUCUGAGAGUAA